AUGGAGCAGUCUGCCGUACUUCACAGGCAUCUCGGCGUUCAGUUUCCUCUCCUGACCCUGUCAGAGAGCAACUAUCUGAACCUCAAUGAUGGCCGGAAGAUCCUGGAUGCGUCAGGGGGGGCUGCCGUCGGGUGUAUCGGCUGGGGUAACAAGAGGGCCAUUGAGGCAGUUUCUAAGCAGCUCGGACAAUCUUCCUACUGCGCGACCAUAUUCUAUUCCACCAGGGUCCAGGAGGAGCUCUGCCACGAGUUGAUAGACUCGACGAAGGGGCACAUGGCGCGGGCUUACAUCGUCAACUCGGGUUCCGAAGCCAUGGAGGCAGCUAUCAAGCUUGCGCGACAAUACUUCCUCGAGAUCAGCCCGCCGCAGCCAGCUAGAACCCACUUCAUCUCCCGAAGGCAGUCGUACCAUGGAAUAACUCUUGGUGCACUGGCGGUCUCGGGGCAUGAAUACCGACGGGCAAACUUCGAACCUCUCCUAAUGACGAAAACGUCCAGGGUGUCGCCGUGCUUCGAGUUUCGCGGCAAGACGCCGAGCGAGACGGAUGUGGACUACGUUGGAAGACUGGCCAGGGAGCUGGACGAAGAGUUCCAGAGAGUCGGCCCAGAGACCGUCUGUGCCUUCAUUGCCGAACCUGUGGUGGGGGCUGCGCUCGGAUGCGUUCCAGCUGUGGCCGGAUAUUUCAAGGCUGUCAAGGCUGUCUGUGAGAGGUAUGGUGCCCUUCUAAUUCUUGAUGAAGUUAUGUGCGGCAUGGGGCGGACCGGCAGCCUGCAUGCGUGGGAGCAAGAAGGCGUCGUGCCCGACGUGCAGACAAUCGGCAAGGCCCUCGGCGGCGGUUACCAGGCUGUUGCUGGCGUACUCGCCAACCAUCGCGUGGUGAGGGCGAUAGAGCAAGGCACCUCAGUCUUCGUGCACGGCCACACGUACCAAGGCAGCCCAAGUGGGUGCGCAGCAGCUCUCGAAGUGCAGAGAAUUGUCCGAGAAGAAGGGCUGGUGCGCAACGUUCGCGAAAUGGGGACACUGCUCGGACGGCGGCUGAAUGAGGCCCUUGGGAGCCACCCAAACGUGGGCAACAUUCGAGGCCGAGGAUUGUUCUGGGGCAUCGAGUUUGUUGCCGACAAGGAGACGAAGGAGCCAUUUCCUGUCCAAGACCACGUCGCCAUGUCUCUUGCUGAGCUAGGGCUAACCGAGAGGUACUGCAUUGGCGUGUACCCGGGCGGUGGCUCGGCUGAUGGAGUCCGGGGAGAUCACAUCAUCAUCUCGCCAGCCUACAACGUCGGCGUUGCCGAGAUUGAGACCAUCUCUCGGCCGGGUUAUCUCUUCUCGCCAUCGCCAACACGAAGCAUGGCUGUCGGGCUCAACAAUGGCCGCGCCGCCGCCGACGAGGAGGCCCGCGCCGAGGUCGACGUGCUCAAUUCGCGCCUUGAGAAGACGGCGCAAUUGACCAAGAAAAUACAGGCUUGCCUUAGCCGAUUAGACGCCACGGGCAAGAGCGUCCGCGAUGUCGCCGGGCCCUUGAACGGCGAAACCAAGAAGCUUCAGGUGCUAGGCAGUAACAUCGAGGCGGUUCUCGCCGCCAUCGACCGGCUCCGCCAGCCCGUCGACAGCAAAAAUGACGAAGAGCAGAUUAUCCGCAUGGGCCCCGACAAGGCCGGUCUAUCCAGCUACCUGGCAUCCAUCAAGCGCCUUACCAAGGCCCUCAACGAGAUGAAGGCCUCCAACAUUCGAUCCACGCAGCAGACCGUCACCGACCUCCAGCGGCUUGUCAAGUCGGGCAACACACAGCUCGAGGCCUCGUUCGACAAGCUCUUGCGGACCGAGACGCCGCGGUCUAUCGAGCCGUUGCACUACGUCACAAAGAGCAAGCAGUUUCCCAUACUGUCGCAGGACAAGAUUGCUCGCCUGGGCCUGAUGAACUCGCACAUCUCCGUCGUCCACCAGCAAAACACGGGCGCGGGGAGCUCGGCUCAGGAAUCCCCGGUUGCUCGCAUUUACGCCGAGGUUCGGUCGCAAUACCUCUCGGCCAGCCUGGUGAACCUGGCUGCGGCGAGUGCCAACACAGCCAAGAAGAAGAACCCAGACGCAAUCUACAGGGCUGGCACCAACGGCGUCGGGACCUACGCACAGGCCAUGGAGGGCCUCUUCCUUGCCGAGUACGAGAACAUCUGCAGCAUCUUUACGAGGGAGGACUGGGGGCAAGUGUUCCAGGCCACAUGCCAGCCCGCGCUGGUGGAGCUCGGGCGCACGUUACGAGAACUCAACAACCAUAUCAAGGCCCAUAUGCCGACAGACUGCUACCUGGCGUACGAGAUUGUCGAGAUUGUCUCGAGCCUGUCCAACAACCUCGAAAGCCGGACAGGCGAGCUGAAGAGCUCGCUUGCAGCGUCCCUGAGACCGGUCCGCGAGACGGCCAAGUCGUCUCUUGCAGAGCUCCUCGAGGAGACAAAGCGGAAGGUCGGCGGCCUGCAGACGCUCCCGCCGGACGGGGCGCCGAUUCCAGUGGUUUCGGAGACGAUACAGAGGCUCCAGUCUAUGGUGGACUUUUUGCGGCCCAUAUCCAGCAUCAUGGUCUCGCUCGGCGAUGGUGGCUGGAAGUCGGCUGCCGCAUCCAGGGGUGGGGCAGGAGACGCGAUCCCCAGCCUCGCCUCGUUUGACAUCGGCGCGGAUGGGAGAGAGAUCUUCGCGCACUACUGCACAGACACGAUCGACGUGCUCAUGGUGGCGCUGGACGCGCGGGCGAGGGUGCUGCUCCAGAAGAAGUCGCCCAUUGGCGUGUUCCUGGCCAACAGCGUUACCAUCAUCGAGCGCAUGAUCCAGAACUCGGAUCUGGCAGCGCUGCUCGACUCGCGGCUCCAGGUGCUGGAGCAGUGGCGCAAGAAGGGCACGACGCUGUACACGGAGACGUGCAAGGAUAUCAGCGUGCACCUGUUCGACGUGAUCCACACGAGCCGGGGCGGGGGCGGCGGGCGCCCGGCGUCGGGCCAAGGUGCCGUCGACUCGGCGUCAAUCCUCAAGAGCCUCAGCUCCAAGGACAAGGAGAACAUCAAGUCAAAGUUCCAGGCCUUCAACACGAGCUUUGACGACAUGGUGGCUCGCCACAAGCAGUACAGCAUGGAGCGCGAGGUGCGCCAGAUGUUCGCCAAGGACAUGCAGAACAUGAUUGAGCCCCUCUACAACCGCUUCUGGGACCGUUAUCACGAGAUCGACAAGGGCAAGGGAAAGUACGUCAAAUACGACAAGUCGGCGAUCGCUGCAGUGUUCCUCACGCUGUACUAG